CGCAAGGUUUCAACUGCAUCACGCAGCUCUGGUCAUACAUACUCUCCGGCGUGCUGUAUCUACGCUUGUAUCGGGACAAUUCAUCAACGUAGCUGUAGUAUAAUCUGCCUCGCCGAAUCUCAACGCCAAGGGGGCUUUUACUAGUAGCCUAAUAAAGCUACCGGAUCAUAACCAGACAUGGCUGAUGAGGGAUAUGUGGUACGCAUCAGGGGUCUCCCUUGGUCCUGCUCAGUGGAUGAAGUACAGAGGUUUUUCUCAGCAGAUUGCAAAGUCAUCAACAAUGGGGGAGGCGGCAUCCACUUCACCUACACGAGAGAGGGGCGUCCCAGCGGGGAGGCAUUUGUGGAGCUGGAGACGGAGGACGACCUGAAGAUCGCGGUGAAGAAGGACAGAGAAACGAUGGGUCACAGAUAUGUGGAGGUUUUUAAAUCCAACAACGUCGAGAUGGACUGGGUCAUGAAGCACACAGGGCCGAACUGUCCAGAGACGGCAGGAGACGGGCUCGUCCGGCUCCGAGGCCUUCCCUUUGGUUGCAGCAAGGAGGAGAUAGUUCAGUUUUUUUCAGGGUUGGAAAUCGUGCCAAAUGGGAUAACAUUGCCGGUGGACAUCCAGGGGAGGAGUACGGGGGAGGCCUUCGUGCAGUUUGCUUCACAGGAUAUAGCUGAAAAGGCUCUAAAGAAACACAAGGAAAGAAUAGGGCACAGGUACAUUGAGAUCUUCAAGAGUAGCCGCGCUGAGGUGCGGACCCACUAUGAACCCCAGCGGAAACCCAUGGGCAUGCAGCGACCGGGCCCCUAUGACCGACCCUCCGGUGGUCGUGGCUACAACAUGAUGGGCCGAGGGGGAUCUUAUGAAAGAAUGCGUCGCGGGGUCUACGGAGGAGGAGGAGGAGGUGGUGGAGGAGGAGGAGGAGGAGGUGUGUCAGACGGACGGUACGGAGAUGGCGGUUCCUCCUUCCAGAGCACAACAGGCCACUGUGUCCACAUGAGGGGCCUGCCCUAUAGAGCCUCAGAGACAGACAUCUAUAACUUCUUCUCACCAUUGAAUCCAGUGCGGGUCCACAUUGAGAUCGGCCCAGAUGGCCGGGUAACCGGGGAGGCAGAUGUAGAGUUUGCGACGCACGAGGAUGCUGUGGCAGCCAUGUCCAAAGACAAAGCAAACAUGCAGCACCGCUAUGUGGAGCUGUUUCUGAACUCAACAGCAGGUGGCAGUAAUGGAGCAUAUGGCAGCCAGAUGAUGGGUGGCAUGGGGAACCAGUCAUCCUACAGCAGCGGCCAGCUGAGCUCAGGGUAUUCUGGUGGAUACAGCAGCCAAGGAAACAUGGGUGGCUACAAUGACUAUAUUAGGUAACCAGGGCGGGAUGGGAAGCAGUUACUAUGGCGGCGGCGGAGGAGGAGGAAGCAGAGGCUCUAUGAAUGGACUGGGCGGGGGAUGGGGAAUGUAGAUUUCCCCCCCCCCUUUAUUUGAUGUAUUUUCUUUUUAACUCAGCAUUUUGCUGGAAGGACUGGAAAUGUGAGUCUCACCUAUUCAAAGUUAGGGUAGGGUCAGGUGAGAAUGUUUUGAAAAUACUGAGUGGUAGGAUUUGUAUUUUUUUUUUUAAAAGUGGAUGAUCUUCAGAAAGAAGUGAGAUCAUCUGGUGUCACAACAAGUGUCAGAAGCAUUGUCUGUCUUCCCCAAUCCUCAGUUUUCACACAUCACAGAAAAUGUGCUUUAAAUUUUUAAUACCAGGAAGUGUGCCAUUUUUGUGUUUUUCACCAAACACCCAGUCUGUCCCACAAGGUUAACUCAUCCUCUCCUGGUGACUUUAACAAAAUUUUCAACAUGUGAGUGCAUGAACAAAAAAAAUCAGAAUGUGUCUGGUAUCUUUUGUUUUCGACCUUGUUUCAUCCUCUACAUAAUGUUUAGCUUUUUUAUUUCCAGUUGGAAGUGUUGAUCCGAAUGAUCAGAGCAUGUUCUGUUUUCUUAAGGUGGGACUGUUGAUAAAGCAGUAAGUGAAUUUCUGCUGACAUGUAGGUUUCUACUGCUUCAAAUGCUAUUUGUAUUUCCUGUGCACAAAGUGAAUAAACUAGUCUGGAAUAUCUAAUUGAAA